UUCAGUGCAGUGUGGAUUUAGGCCUGGGCACGUUUGAUUAAGCUCGGCGGACGCGUACUGCUCCUGUGUUAAUAUCUCAAAAAACCUUGUUUGCAGGCAAGGCACAAGUGACGAGGUGGAAUUGACAGAGCAAAUCUGAAUUCGUUUUAGGAACAGCUUCUGAACAACUUUUUCGAGAUACAUAACAGCUGUGUCUGAGCUCCCUCUUUUUGUCCAGUCUUACGUCUACAAAACCAACACCGGAUUUGGGAUCGCUGUGCAACGAAUCUUGUCCUGCUGCACACCCGGACCCAACCUCUCUGCCCAUACGACGGCCAUGGCUAGUCCAAAGAAAGUCACUCACCACCAGUGUUUGUCGUUAAUCUUUUUCACAGUUGUAUGUCAAGUUCUUAGCUAUGGAGUGGACCCAGCCUUGGAGGUGAAUCUACUCGAGGCAAUUGCAAUGACGUCAAGCGCAGCUACGGGUAUUAGGCAAGUGCCAGGCUAUCACAACGAAGGCCCAGCCUACAGUUUUGAAGGAGGGGACAGAACUCUACAAGUUCCAGAAGAAUUCUUUGACAAAACCAAAAAACUCCUGGCUGCCACUACGGACUUCACCAUUUUAGCAACAGUGAAGCAGCUGAAGAGAAACACGGCCAGCCUGGUAUCGAUAACAGCUGGCAGGGCAAGUACCUUGGCGAACACUGUGUUCGACACGACAUCCUUCCGCAAUGAUUCCAGAUUCAUGGAGCUCUUCAUGAGCACGAGGAACAACGAGAUCCGUUUCUACUACCAGCACGACGGCAAGGUCAUGCAGGAGUCCUUUGACAUUGAGGAGACUAUGUCUGACCGCUGGGCCCGCAUCGCACUCAGCGUCAGCGGGACGCACGUCCGGCUAUUUUACGACUGCAAGGAGGUGGACUCGCGUUACAUCCCCCAGCCUGACCUGCGGAUGGCAGAUGCAGAGCUAGCUAUGUGGAUCGGGCAGAGGGGACCAGACAAGACUUACUUCAGGGGCUCAUUGCAAGACGUCAGGAUAGUAGCCAUGCCCCAGGGCUUCCUAGCACAGUGCCCCAGCUUAAGCCGUGACUGUCCAACCUGCGGCCAGUUCCAGGCAAUGGCUGAUGGAAUUCAAGAACUUGAGGCCCGCAUCAGGACUCUGGAACACAAGCUUUUUACUGCAGAGACCCGUAUUGAAGAGCUCCAGCAGUGUCCGUGUGCUAGGUCAUGCGAGGUCAGUGGAGCUGUGCGUGAAGAUGGUGAGACCUGGCAAGAUGGUUGCACACAGUGCACAUGCAGCAGUGGAAAGGUCAAAUGUUUGCCCAUCAAAUGCCCCAAGCUGUACUGCAAGAAUCCAGUCCAUGAAGAUGGCCAGUGCUGUGCCUCUUGCAAGAGAAACUGCACGUCAUCGGGUCUGAUGUACGGUCACAUGGAAGAAUACCAGGAAUUACGUAGCAGGGGACCUACUCAAAUAUGCACCACAUACAAAUGCAUGGAUGGUGUGGCCACAACCAGAAGCAGCAAGUUAAUCCACCAGGUUUGUGCCACUCCAAACUGCCCGGCAUCUGAAAGGGUCAGCGUGCCAGGUCACUGCUGUCAGUUCUGUGAAGGUAUGGACCACUGCAGCCUGGGCCACACCUGCCAGCCGCCCAAAGUCUGCACCAACCUCCAGACCAAGUACGCCUGCCAUUGUCCCCCGGGAUACACCGAGGUGAACGGCAACUGCACAGACAUCGAUGAGUGUGCUGGCGAAGCAGACGGUGGGCUCAACCACCACUGCCACGAGGGGACUGUAUGCAUGAACACGCCGGGUGGUUACCGAUGUGACUGCCUACCAGGCUACUCCCGGCUGACAGACACCACAUGUCAACAAAUUAACGAAUGCGAAACAGGUCAGCAUACUUGCCACAAGAGGGCGACAUGCAUAGACACUGACGGCAGCUAUCAGUGUGUGUGCAGGGCAAAUCACGCAGGUGAUGGCAAGUCCUGCUCAGCUGUGUGCCGUAAACAAUGCCUGAACGGUGGGAUUUGUAACCAGCCUGGACAGUGUGAAUGCCCACCUGGCUUCACAGGGGAACAGUGUGAAACAGACAUCAACGAGUGUGAAGUCGGAAGUCACAAUUGCCAGGCCAAUUCGGUCUGCAUUAACCUGCCAGGGAGCUAUCACUGCCAGUGUGAUGUAGGCUAUCAGUACGAGGAAGCAGCUGGCUGCACAGACAUCAACGAAUGCAAGGAUGCCAACACCUGUGACUCCUCACGGCUCUGCAACAACCUGCCGGGCUCCUACGAGUGUCUGUGCUCGCCCUCGGGCCAGUGCUUGUCAGAGUGUGUCGUUAAGAAGAAACGGUACAGCCAUGAUCAAUCCUGGGAUAACGACCAGUGCCAGACGUGCACGUGCUCGCACGGAGUGGUCAUGUGCAGGCCUAAGGAAUGCGAUUGUAGCAGGAAGAUGUCGGACGCUGAAGACUACUGUUGCCCCGAGUGUCGGGUCUCAACCCAGUGUCUGCACCAAGAGUCGGCCACCGUGGUUUACAACGACGGUGACAGGUGGAACUACGGAUGCCAGAAGUGCAGGUGUGAGGCUGGUACUAUACUUUGCGAGGCACCAAACUGCCCAGCCCCCAACUGCCUACAGACAUACACACCAGUUGGCGAAUGCUGCCCUCGUUGUCAGGUCCACGAUGCAUGCGACACUUUCAGCAUAGCUGUGCAGGGGUCGUCGGACAUGGCUGACUGUGAACACCAGGGGGCGUCCUACUCUCACAACCAGUGGUGGUUCCUGGAGGACGACCAGUGCACCGAGUGCAUCUGCAGGAAUGGCAACAUAUGCUGCUGGUACAACAUUGCUUGCUCUCGCUAGGCUGCUGUCCUCAAUCUGGAAUCACACCAGAUGAAGCACAGGUAUUUGGGCUUGGGGCCAAGCUAAGACUUGGGGCCAUUGACAUGUAAUGAACAGUCAGGGUCCUGGCAACAGUGUCUUCUUUGCGGGGACCAGUAAUGUGUAGAAAGUUUCCCGAAACAAAAAUAUUUAUCUGAUACAAUGUUUGAGUGAUCACUGCCCCUCACUCUUGCUAGGGAGAGAGAUCCGAGAACGUAGUCUUGAUUGGUGAGAUCAGGCAGGUGGUUUGUAAAUAAUUGUGGUAUAAAUGUUCGUGAGCAUUCAGAGGUUUACAGUUGUUUUAUUCUGUACAUGUAUGUAUGUGUAUCCAACCACAAAUAACCUUGGAGGAGAUAGAGGGCUAACAUUGAGAGACACACUUAGCAAACUGCAGCUAGUUUAUGGAUUAUGUGUUGUUUGCAACUUUGCAUACUGAUGUAGUUACCCCAAACAGUGAUUAGAUGUGAGCUUGAACUCUGGUGUUGAUUUGCGGCACAGAUUGGUGCAUUAGAUUUCUCAACAUCAUUCUGUCGACUUUCUCCGUCUCGGUGUUCUUUUAACAUCUGUAGUUUAUAGCCCAAAGUGAUGGGUAGAGUACAGGCAGUGCCCUCGUCAUGGUCUCACUAUAAACUCUUGUCAAUGUUUUACUCCCUGCGAUUGGUCCAAGGCAUUGAGAGCUUGGCCCAGUAUUCUCUUUCUAUUUGUAAUUACUAGACUGAAAUACUCAGUCAUAUACAGUUCCACCUCCAAGUAAAUCUCAGUCUCUCCGUGAGACCCUCUCACUUUUAUGAUUUGCAUAUUUAAGAUCACUCCAGCUUGUGGUUUUACUCUGAACUCUUGUAUUUUCUACAUCGUGAUUGGUCCAAAGCACUGAGAACUUGACCAAUUACCGUUCAGCCAGUAUUCUUUGCAUAAUUGUAAACAUCGCAUUGGCAAAUGUUCAGCUACAUUCAGUUAUGGUUCACACUCGAACAAAUCAUGCCUCUCUGUGAGGCCCUCUCACUUUUCAUGAUUUGUAUAUUAUAUGUCACUCCAGCUGGCGGUAGUGUUUAUUUCCUACUGACACACACUUGAGUGCCAUCUCUGUCAAGAACCUACACUGAAUUUGAUUGUGCACAUCCUGUCCAACUUUAAAGUGAUCACGCGCUUUCUGUUCAUUGGUUCACCUGUGAAAACAAUCGUGACAAAGAUACUGGUCACCAGCACUGGCUGAUGGGAUGAAGUAAUGAGAUUUAUCAUGCGACCAAAUCCCUUGAGGUUGUAAAAAAAGGAAACAGAAUUCUUUGUUUGGUGUAUCCCUCAAGUUUGGCAUCCUGAGGAAGAUGUACGUUAUGCUGGUAAAAAGGUUGAGGGUACCUAUUGCUUUACUUGGUGCAAGAGUCUUUAACAGGCCUGUCAUUCAAGUGGCUUGAGCAACUUGCGACUCACGAUUCAUUUUAAGUUGUGUCAUGAUGUGUAAAAUGCUGCGUUAGUAUGAUCACUGGUAAUGGUAACAUUUCAGGACAUGUAACAUUUACAUUAGAAACAUUCUCUGAAUGAACUUACCUGCAUGAAGUAUCAAGAACAUCUAUUUUAAAGAGUAUUUAAUGGUGUAUUUAUGACGUACUUAAACCUGUGUACAUUGUAUAUAAAAAGAUAGCUACUCAAACAAGUUUUAAGGGGUAUGGGCUAUUCCAGUUUGAAUUGUUAGGUUUUAAAGGGUAACAGAAAUUGAAAACAUUUACUUCACGUGAAGUAUUUCAAAAUGGCAAUAGAUACGUAACCA